AUGGUUUCCGGACACUUGGGCGAGGUGAGCAAGGCUCCCGAAUACGAGACCGUCGCCCUGCACGGUGGCCAGCAGCCAGACCCCGUCAAUGGCUCUCGAGCAGUGCCCCUGUACCAGACAUGCGCGUACAACUUCACCGAUGCAUCGGACGGUGCCAGCAAGUUCGCGUGGUCCAAGGAUGGCUACGUGUAUACCCGCAUGGGCAACCCUACCAACACGGUGUUCGAGACCCGGAUGGCAAUGCUCGAGGGAGGCGUCGGUGCCGUCGCCACCGCCAGCGGCCACGCGGCCCAGUUCAUGGCCAUCACGUCGGUGUGCGAGCCCGGCCACAACUUUAUCAGCACCAUGAACCUCUACGGCGGCACCCACAACCAGUUCCGCGUCUACAUGAAGAAGUUCAACAUCAACUGCAAGUUCAUGGAGGGCAAUGACCCGCAGGCCAUCCGAGACCUGGUCGACGACCAGACCCGCGCCGUGUACAUUGAGACCAUUGGCAACCCCCAAUUCAACGUCCCCAACAUCAGCGCCAUCGCCGAGGUCUGCCACGAGGCCGGCAUCCCCCUGAUCGUCGACAACACCUUCGGCAUGGGCGGCUAUCUGGCGCAGCCCAUCCGGCAGGGCGCCGACAUCGUCACGGCCUCGUGCACCAAGUGGAUCGGCGGCCACGGCACGUCCAUGGGCGGCAUCGUCAUUGACGGCGGCCACUUCGACUGGUCUGCCUCGGGCAAGUUCCCUGGCUUCACGGAGCCGUCCGAAGGCUACCACGGCAUGAAAUUCUGGGACACCUACGGCUACAAGGCUCUGGCGGCCAAGCUCCGCAUGGAUGCCAUGCGUGACCUGGGCCCGUGCAUGUCGCCCUUCAAUGCCUGGCUCUUCCUCCAGGGCCUCGAGUCCCUCCCCGUCCGCGCCGACCGACACGUCUCCAACACGCUCGCAUUCGCACAGUGGCUGGAGAAGCACCCCUGCGUCGCGUGGGUCAACUACCCCGGUCUGAAAUCCCACCCGGACUACGAGCUCGCGCAGAAGGUCCUGCCCAAGGGCGCCGGUGCGGUGCUCACCUUCGGCGUGGCCGGCAACAUCGACGAGGUCGAAGCCGUGGUCAACAACCUCAAGCUCUGCUCUCACCUGGCCAACGUCGGCGACGCGAAGACCCUGAUCAUCCACCCCUGGCGGACCACCCACCAGCAGAUCCCCGACGCGGAGAAGAUCAAGGGCGGCGUCACCCCGGAUAUGAUCCGCAUCAGUCUCGGCCUGGAGCACAUCAACGACAUCAUCCACGACUUCGAGCAGGCCUUCAAGGCUGCCGGACUGAAGGGCGCCAAGGACUGGGUCCCCACGUGGAAGAAGGGAAUGGACGGAGAGGAAUGGGCCAAGGGCACGUUAUACGCACCGGCCCCGCCUAAGGCCUAG